UCUGCUGUUGUCGUGAAGCCCUGCCAGACCCUGUGUGGAGCGAGUUAGCGAGCCCUGUGCGUCCCUAGUUACAGGUGGCUACGAUCUUGGCUCACAGUGACAUUCAUUUCAGUCAGCUCUCAGUCGGUGUGUUCUCUCCCAGUCAGCAUGAGCCAAUCAGAAGUUUUCCGUCCAGCUAAUGGGGACUUGUAUGUCCGAGAUCCGGUAGCGAACGGCGUUCCGGUGUCUGCUGAUGCAUUCCGAAAGACGACACUUCAGAGGCCGGCGACACAUAGUGGAUACCGGUUCGGCAAGUUGAGCCACAACUCGUUCUUCACCCGACACAAUCCACAUCCCAACCGAGUCAGACACCUCAAAGGUCUCCUUGACAUCCCAAUCUGCUCCGUCAACGACGAUGGCUACUUCGCUUCACCCCGUUACAGCCUCCAGUUUCCCCCGAAUAGUUACAACACAAAUAAGCUUUCAAACAGCAGGAUUCCCGUCAACGCCAUCAACGUCAACUCCCAGCUGUACCCCAUCAACACCAUUACCGGCCUGCAGUAUUUCACCGGACUAAACAGCUUCCCCUUCCGGGAGAAGGCCAUUCCCAAGGUCGGAAUGGUGCCGGUGACCGAGGCGUGGAGGGAUGAGUUGAAGGCGUUCACAGAACAACUGAACGCUGCCGAGGAGAGGAAGAGAGACCAGGAGAGGCCGAGAACCACCCAAUACUCCGCGGAAACCGGGCGUCUCAUCCCACCCCCCUCACGCAACAUGUCCCGGGGGGCGUCUAGGAGGGGUAGGCCGCAGUUUGUUCCGAGCAUGCAACACAUAGCGGCUGAACCUGACAUUGAGAAUAUGGUGUUGACGAUGUUGUGCCAGAUCCUACAGACAGAAGAUAUCAAUGCUGUGCAGUCGUGGUUGGUGUCGGCGGGAGACAGAGAGAAGACGAUGGUGUUAGACAUGAUCAGGACUGUCGUGGCGGGGAGGGAGGAGUACAAUCACCAGCUGCCUGCCGAGGUGGUCGGCGAGAGACCCAGGACAGUGCUGCCACCUAUCAACGACAGGCAGAUCAUCGGAGAGAGCAAUGAUGACAACAUGAUAGACAGGUUGACUUUGGUGGAUGAGCCUGUCAUUCCGAAAGGACCGUCGAUGAUGCAUAGGGCGGUUACCAUGGAUCCCGUAGAGACAAUGCCAGGAAUCCCUGCAGUCCCUCCUCCCCAGGCUGACCCUGCCAUGCCGGUUCCCGCACCCUCCCCGCCUCACAUACCCAUGAAACCAAGCUCGCCCAAGGCCAUCAUAGAAGAUGAUGAAAUACCAAUCAAGCCUCCUACAAAUGAAGUGUUCAAACAUAUGACAUCCCGUCCACCCACACAAGGCGGACGUAUCUCAGCAGCUAACGACAUGAGGCCCCCUGGCACAGCAGACGCCAGACUAAAAUACACCAAGUCACCCUUUGUGAAUGGACCCGUUCCAGACAACAUGUGGAAACAACAACAGUCAAUAAACAACAACACUUUUUAAAUAAACCCAGAUAGGAACAAUUAUACAUUGAUUAAGGUAUUCAUACUGAACUUGAUGUGGUGCCUUACCUAAUGGAUGUUUCAGUGAAGAUCAACUUUUUUAUAAUUGUGAUGAGAAAAUUUACAUGACGUCCAAACUCCUGGAAAUAUUUAUUAAACUCACCUUAUAACCAUGGCUCCAUGGAUAGUUCCUCUAGGAGAGAGUAUACUAUCCCCUAACAUUCAGUCUAAUGACGGAUAUCAGUAGUUUAUAUUUUCGUUGCUUGUAAAGCAUCCUGUUUCGAGAAACUGAUUUCUUGCUGGAGUCAUGGCAACAUGAGGUAGGGUCAUGGUGACAUGAAUUAUUGUCACGGCAACAUGAGCUAUAUUGCUAUGGUACAAUGAAGGAUCGUCAAUCUCAAAUGGCAUCUUGCGACAGUAUUAUGAAAUCUAUACUACUCAAAAGAAGUUAAGGGCCACCCGAUUAUUUCAUAAUACUGGCAUGACAGAUUAACAAUAGUUAUAUGAAAGAAUCGGGUGGUCCUUAACUUCUUUGGAGUAGUAUAGUUACUUACACUUGUGUUUUGUUUCCAUUCACAGAGUGAUGUAGUUUGAAGGCUGUAGUACGUGUACAGGAACAGUGUAUGUUGUCAUGGUUGACAAAAGCUCAAGCAUUGGCUGUGAUAGCUUUCCAUUAUACAGGGUGAAUGGGGAAAUGCCACGUAAUCUGUUCUCCAACACUUUACAUAUUUUCAAUUCAUUGAAGUGCCUCUAUUAUUCAUAUUGUAAUAUUUAUAGCACUCUUGAUUCAACUUCAGUGGAAAUAUUUUUACCACUCUUUUUUAUGUCAAUAAUGCAACACCUAUAUGUAAUCUGUAUUAAGGUAUACAGUGCUGUUAAGAUUUUAUCAGAUUUAUACAAACUAUAACAACUGUAAACUAAUGAUCAUGAAACACAGUAUAUCUCAAGUUUUUGUGUGUGUCCUCCACCAAAUUGCACAAUAUUAAAACAAGUUGUAUAAAAUUGUGUAAAUAGUAUUUCCUUGAUCAAAGCACUGCAUGUACCUGCUGCUCCCCAGUCAUCAAGUCUGGACCAAGCAUCACCAGACAUACCCUUUCUUAUGUUAGUAUGGUUAGCUGUAUAGAAUAUAUCAUUUCAGGAAUUCUCGACUAAUCAAACUGAAGGGGUUAUGCUGACAUUUCAAAGUCGUAUUGACUUGUACAUAUAUACUUAAAUGUGAGCAUGGUUUCAAUCAAACUAUCACAUAAAGGACUGGUUAUAUAUUAUAGGGGAGGUUGGGUCAGAGGGAACCAGGGGAGGGUCAACGAAAAAUAUGAUAAUCUCUAAGGGAGGGUCAUCAACAGAGUGCUUUUGCAUUUUGUCCUUUCAUGGAGGGUCAUGAAAAAAUGUACAAAGGCAUGGGGAGUGUCAUCGAAAAAUAAGACAACCAUUUGGGGAGGGUAAUUUUUUUCAGUACAUUAGUGCAUCAAAAUCCUCUGACUCACACACCCCUGUAAUAAAUGGCUGGUCACUUAUAUUGCUGACGUGUUGUUGCCCUGUGUUCCUGUUGUGUCUUAACACCUGUGUGUUCACAUCCUGUGAUAAGUCUGUACAUAGCAGCAGAGUGGAAUAAAUCUAACACUGUUGA